AGUUGUGCCCUGUUUGGCUUUCUUCUUUUUUUUUUUUCUCAAUUUUAGGAAAAUUUCACGCACACAGAGUUCGGAACACAGACAAACAAAACAGGCCGUCGAUCAUCGAACAGGCAGAAAUUAGGGACAAAAAAAAGGGCACAGAAAUUCAGGAAAUUUUUGAACCUCCAUCCACUAUUCCUGACUAGUUGAAAACGAAAAAGAAAAAUGAUGGGCCACCAUCAUUUCACUCGCGUGGACACGCAGGAGCUGAAAGAUCAUAUUUAUCGAAAAAUCGGGCACCAGAGAGCCGAAAAGUACUUCGACCACCUCAAGAGAUACUUGGGUUUGAAACUCAGCAAAAUCGAUUUCGACAAGAGCUGCGUAAGAACGAUCGGAAGAGAAAACAUUCACCUCCACAACAAGCUCAUUCAGUCAAUCCUCCAAAACGCUUGUCAAGCAAAAACCCCUCCACAUAAAUCUCGAAAAGUCGAAGGACUAAAUGUCAAGGUCACAAACGGCUAUCAAAGGACUUGUUUACAAUCUCUAUACGGAGAUGCGUUCCCUCAAUCCCCACGCAAGUGUAGGUCCCCCGUUAAUAGGGAUCGCAAGUUUCGUGACCGCCCGAGCCCACUUGGUCCGUUGGGCAAGAGCCCAAGUAUGAUAACGUGCGAAGAAACAGUUACGAGAAAUCAAGAAAAUCAAAGCCCAACAGAAUUGCAUUCUUUCUGUAGUAAGCCUCGAGAAGAAGGUGAGGAGGUUGAACAGAUCUUGGAAGGAAACUUCUCUGCUCGAAGCUGGAGCAAUAUUACUGCCCCUCUUGGCAUUUCGGUAAAUAAUAAUGCUCGUAAAGACCGCGAUUGUGGGGUUUCUUACAACACGUUUACCGAGAGUUGUCAGAAUAGUUGCGAGUUGCCGGGUACGGAAUCUUUGAGGAAUCUUGUGCAGAAGAAGCUGGCUUUGGAGGGAGUGGGGGUUUCUUUGGAGUGUGCCGAUUUGUUGAAUAAUAGUUUGGAUGUUUUCUUGAAGAGAUUGAUUAAGCCGUGUUUAGAUCUCGCUGGAUCAAGGUGUAGUAAACGUGUAAGUAUGUCGGAUUUCCGUGUUGCAAUGGAAUCGAAACCUUGUUUACUCGGUCAAGAUUGGUCUACACAGCUUGAGAAGAUAUGCCAUUACGACUUUGGGGGGUAAAAGUGGAUUUUGUUAUAUAUCUCAACGUAGAUUUACACAUAGUCUUACGUGUAUGCAUGGCGUGAAUGUGUGUGCAGAACGUGUAGUAGAUGCGUAUACGUGUAAGAUUGGGAUAUUAAUUGGUGUACUUCACAUGCAAUAAAUCGAAAAGCUGGUCAGUUGCAAGCGAUUAUAAAUCCACUCGUCUUGGUCCUAACAUGGUAUCCACAAAGAGUUUCCGUAUACAGAAAAAAUAAGCGAUGGUUGUUGAUCGACGCGCAGGAAAUCACGGUACUCGCUGCAACUGCAAUAGAUAGAUGUUAACAUAGUUAAGGUAAGCAGAUUUUUAUCAGCAGUUCUUUUUUCGUUUUUGUUUUAAGAACACAUUUAGAAUUAUAUUGUUGUUCGAGUUUGGUAUCAUUUUUUCGAACUUGUGCUCUGUAUAUAUUUAUAUUUUUCU